ACAGAUGUAAAUUGUGGUCCUUCUUUUCUUUCGUUUAGCCAAGCACAUCCUUGUCUUUAAAAGACCUUUGAAACGGAGUAGAAUAGCUUUGAAACGUCAGUGGACUAUGCUCAGACUAUAUGGGGAAGGACUACAGGAUAGCCACUACAGAACAAACAAUCAAAUUGCCCUUAAAAAUCUCCAGUCUGAUGUUACAGAGAAGAAAUCUGACUUCACUGAGGAAACCGUGGCAUCACACAAUACUAAAAUGAUUUCAUCCAUAGUCGUCUCCCAGAUGUUUGACGAGAACAAAUCAAAACAAAAUGGGCCCUCGUUACCGCUAUCCUGUGUGAUCCCUCAGCCUCGUGCGGAUCACCGGGAGCCAUCUCUGGCUCACCGCAGCGGAGUCAACAUUCACAGGGCAUUUGCGUUACUUCCGGGCAGAUCAGGAAUUCCAGCACCAUCAGAUGAGCAAGGACCUGAGACGGACCUGCCACCCAAAGAGGAGAACCCCCGGGGUGACCCCCACAAGGGGUUUUCGUCCAUCACUAUCACGGCCAGGCGUGUGGGCCCACCAGCCAGGGCCCUGGUGUGGGGGACCGUGGGGGACCCUCUGUGUCCCAAGUGCAGGACUGAGGACACUCUGCUCCAUGACUCCCCGCCUCUGGUUAAUGAUACCCAUCCGCAUCCGCUCCAUAGAUCUUUUUCCUGCACAGAGUUCUCCAGAAAUGGCUCCAUGGUGAGGUUGAAGUUUCCUGAGACCCGUGCACGACUGAGUGAGGGACGUGAGUACUGGGUCACCCAUGUGGAUGACAAAGAGACAAAUUUUUCUCCAGACACCUCCUUGUCAGGCAAGGGGCCACUGGUGUUCAGUUCCUGUGUCCACCUCAGGGUGUCUCGGCAGUGUCCGAAUUCAAUCUACUGUGUAGACGAGUCUGUCUCUGUCCCUACGGCACCGCCUCAAAUUGCCAACCCCAAAAUGCACAGAUCCGUCCUGUCACUCAACCUCAAUUGUAGUUCCCAUAGAAUAACAGCAGAUGGAGUAGAUGGCAUAGCGAACGGAGAGCCAAUAAGCAGAGCCCUGAAGCAGGAAUUCACAAAGGGAAACCAAAACCUCCUAGGCCCGCGCUGGAACCCAGAUUUACAAGCAACUCACUUGAAGGAAAACCCAUCGUUGGGACGGGUGCAUUUGGGGACCGGCACCUGUCCUUGGAGUGACUCCCCUCUGCUGGAAAACUCAGAGUUUGCAGAUGUGGAAACCAACCAGGUCACUGUAAAAAAAUGGAAAGAGUACCGUUCAACUCCCUGUCACGCCAGUGGCCAUGCCAACCAGCUGUCCAUUCACAUUCCUGGCUGGAGUUACACAGCAGUAGACACAAAAGUAUUUCCUGGAAGCAUCAAGAAGCAAGAAGGAGAAGCACGCAUGACUUUGUCUGUUCCCCCAGUGGAACAGAAGCUCAUUAAACAUUUCCUUCCUGAUGGGGCUAGUUCUCCAAGUGAUGCCUGUCAGUCUAGUGACCUAUCUGAGCCCACAGAGAGACGACAUCAAAGCUUCUCGAAACCCAGAGUCCCUUUUCCUGGGUUUUUUUGCCCCUUAAAAGAUGCAUGCACAUCUCUGCAGGAAGACAAUGGUACUCAGAUAGAAAAAGAGUACCCCAAAGGAGAUUACACCUGCUGUGACUUGGUGGUAAAAAUAAAGGAGUGUCAGAAGAGUGAGGAUUGUGCAACGUCCGAGCCCUCUCCUCCGUCCCCCUCGCCAGUCCCACCCAAGGGACCAGAGAGCCCCGGCCUGUCUGAAGACUGUUCUGAGCCUCAGCCAACGCCCGCAAGCUCCUUGACCUUGCAAGAAGCGCUGGAAGUGCGUAAGCCUCAGUUCAUUUCUCGCUCGCAAGAACGACUGAAAAAGCUAGAACACAUGGUCCAGCAGAGAAAGUCCCAGCGGAAGGAGGACCUGAGGCAGAAGCAGAAUCUCCAACCCAUCCGCACCAACAAGAAGCAGUUCACCGUUCCCCACCCUCUUAGUGACAACUUGUUCAAACCCAAAGAAAGGUGCAUUUCGGAGAAGGAGAUGCAUAUGCGAUCUAAAAGAAUCUAUAAUAACUUGCCGGAAGUUAAAAAGAAAAAAGAAGAACAAAGGAAGAGGGUGAUCUUACAGAGUAACAGACUCCGCGCCGAAGUCUUCAAAAAGCAAUUACUGGACCAGCUCCUUCAAAGGAACGCAGUCUAACCGUAGGCUGCCCCGCUGACCACACUACCUGGGCCUGGGAGAGCUUCAAAUGCUGGAUAAGCCAUUAAACGUAGCAUUAUCUUCAUGAUGG